AUGGGCUCUUACGGUCAUCUGUUCAAGUUAUUUGUUAAAUAUUGUCCGAACACAUUGAGUGGUCUCACGCGACUGAAGCUGGAGAAUUUGAGGCUACUGGAGUCAGACUUCCAUGAACUUUUCGGAUUAUUUAAGCAACUGGAGUUCCUACGCUUGGACAACUGUGGCAUGAAGUUUCCGUCCUUGCUAGAAGUGGAACACCCACGACUCCGUGAACUUGCGAUUCUCAGGAGUAGUUUUGAGACGGUGGAUCUGAAGUGGCUUCCUGAGCUCAGAACGCUAACCUUUUCUUGUUGGCUACCUCAACAUGAUGAUCCUUUAUCUUUUGGUCAUGUCCCGCUGCUCCACACGGUCAGCAUUAGUAAUAAGGCUGGCUUGUCGCACAAGAUGCUCAAGUUAAGUGAAUUUCUUCGCAAAACAACCUUGAGCAACCUGCACGUGAACUUCCAAAGUGAAAAGAUUUGGGUUAAACCUGAAGGCCUGAGAGAAUUGUCGCAGGUGUUCAAGAAGCUAAGGUUUGUGAAUUUGUCUGGCAUUUCAGAAGAAUGUGACUUGACUUGGACAAUGUUCGUUCUGCAUGGUGCACCUUUCCUCGAGGAGCUAUGCAUCAGGGUUUGCGACUGUUUGGGGAUAUGGGAGAAAAAAACGCUCACAUGUAGCAAGGAGAGGAAGGACGCAGAUGCAAAAUGGGAAACGUCUGCAUCUGAUUUCAAGCACCACAACCUUUCAGUGCUCAGGAUCAUUGGGUUUCAGUCAGAAGAUAAGUUUGUGAAUUAUAUCACAGCUGUCAUGGAAUCAGCAGUCAAUCUGAAGGAAAUAUACCUGCAUGAGAAGCCAGUGUGCGAGAAGUGUAUGUAUGAUCACCGGCCAAAGAAUAGGUACCCGCGGACAAAGAGCCAGAGGACCUUGGUUAUUAACAGUUUUGGCAUGGAUAUGCGCCCGCUUUUAACUCUUCACUUCCCGAGUUUAAGAGAACAGUGUAAUGGUUCUGCUGGGUGA